GCAUCAGAGGCAGCGGCAGAGCCUGAUACGCCACUGACAAUCAGAGCUGCCAGCGCGAGGCAGACAAACACAGCACCUAGUUUUACUGAUGUAGAUACUGGGGGAUAGAGGGCGGACGGGCAGGGGAGACAUUGCAGGAGAGACCGGCAUCCGUAAGUCCAGCCGUUAAAAUGGCGGUGAGGCAAAGGAUUUUCAACUCGACGGCACCUUUCUCUGGUUCACCCAAAGCUGAGCUUAAGGGGUCUUACCCAUCCAGCUCAGCCCCUGACCAGGAGACAGAGGAGGAAGAAGAGGAGGGGAAGGACUGCAAAAUGGGCAUCACACAUUUCUUCACAUCACCGCUAAUAAACAAAGUCCUGACACAUGGAACUGCAGAGCAAGUGGGAACAAUGCCAUUGAAGACCUCAACCUUCAUUGCUCAGGCUGAAUGUGAAACCCAGGACUCCCAGGAGUUUAGUCCGUCUUGUUCCGAGCGUUUAUUUGUGCCCUCUCCCAACUGCUUCAUCAGCAGCGUUUGCCUAGAGAAGAACAAUGUGGUGCAUCCAACCACAGCCUCAGUCCAGGAGCCAAGAGUGUCAUCAGGACGACUCACCCCCAAAAAGAAGAACAGAAAGAGACAGAGGCGUAAGGCAAGGAACAAAUUAGAAACAGCAAAGAAGGAGAAGCAGCAAAACAGACACCGCCUACCUUCUGGAGUCCCUGAACAGGAGAGUGGAAGUUCUCAGGUCCAGAUCCAGGAGCACUUGCAAUUUGGAUCCAGUGACGAACUGAGUACUUCAUGCUGUAGCAGCGUUGAAAGUUCAGAGGAGCAGGACAGAGGGCCUGCUCUCUACAGACGCUCGAUCUACAGCACAGGCUCUAGCUGCACCCCUCUGCCAUGGAUGCAACUGAAGGUCUGCGAACCCUUCCCCAGACACCAUUCCAGUGUCAAGUCCUAUGGGGACUCAGACGACUCAGACUCCCACAGCAGCCUGGGAGACUGUUCGCUGGCCCUGGCCGGCCUCAGGGGCAAUGUCAGUCAGGGAGACCGUUGCUAUGCAGAGCCUUUUUCCAAAGACAUAGUGAGGGAAGUAAGAGAGGAGGACGAAGAAGAGUUCUCAGCAGUUGAUUCCGUUUGCAAUGAGGGGAUCAUCUUUUACAAUGAUAAAAUCCAGCCUGUGGACUCUGAAUACAGGGAGGGAAGAGAGUAUGUCCUCACAAAGUUUAUCAAGGAAGGGUCCUUUGGAGAAGUAUACAGUGCAGAGGAUAUCAACACAGGCUUCAAAUUUGCUGUCAAAAAGAUGACUCUGAAGAGAUUCAGCAGCGAGGAGGUGGGUGCGUGGAGUGCCCUUAAAUCUCCCCGUGUGGUGGAACUCUUCGGAGUGGUCAGGGAGGGACCUAACGUCAUACUUUUGAUGGACCAGAAAUCUGGCUCCUUGGGCCAACUAAUAGUGGAGCGUGGCCGGCUGCCUGAGGAUUUAGGCCUCCACUACAUGUCUCAAGUGUUAACAGGAGUGGAGUACUUGGUGAAGAAAAGAGUGGCUCAUCUAGACAUAAAGGCUGAAAAUGUUUUGCUGUCGGGGGACGGUAGAGAUUGCUUCUUGUGUGACUUUGGUCAUGCUGAGAGACUAAACAAUUGGGGACAGGGCAUCAGUGGAUCCAAUGAGCUAAAGGGCACAGAGACCCACAUGGCCCCUGAGGUUGUAAAAGGGGAACCACGCGGAGCUAAAGCAGAUGUGUGGAGCAGCUGCUGUAUGUUUCUGCACAUGCUCAAUGGGUGUCAUCCCUGGACAACAUACUAUACCUGCAGGCUUUACCUGAAGAUCGCCAAUGAGCCUCCCCCUCUGAGAGAGAUCCCACCUGACUGUAGCCGUCUCACAGCUGAGGUUAUAAAGGCAGGACUUCAGAAGGAUCCGGUCAAAAGGGCAUCAGCGUCAGACCUAAAAGUGAAAACUGAUAUAGCUCUGAAAAAAGUUGGAGGCCUCUCUAGCCCAGUAAGGGGACCCUACAUUGAGCCUGUGUUUAUUGCCAGCAAACCCCCAGACUCCCUGCAAAUCUUGAAUGGAAGUGUUGAGUAUGAAGAGGAACAAAAACACCAGGAAUCUGUGCAGAAGCCAGGCAGGUGGAUCAAGAAGCUGUAUAAUGACAAUGAAGCCUUGGAGGCUGAGUCUAAUGACACAAAGCCACGCUCGCUUUGCUGUCCGCAAACUCUGAACUUGGAGUCAAACCACAAACGGGGCAACAACAUCACCAAAAUACCUGAACAUGAGCUACUCAAAGAUUUCUACUUGAGCAGUCUGUCCCAGCCCCAGUCUGCUGAGAUGCAGGAGCAGCUCUUGUCUGGCCUCAGCAGUGACUGGGAGCCAUGGGACAAAAAGCAGGACUCUGGCCGCUGGUCCCUGAGCCCAGUAGACAACUUAAGCUCUGGUGUCUUUUCCUACAAUCAGUCAGAUGUGCAGGUCUUCAGUAUGGAUUUGUUGGGUCACACGCAACUGCCACCACCCUGUUGUUUUGAAGGGGUGGAUGUCUGCAUAAGGGACUUCAACAGGAGAAGUAUCCGGAUCAGAGAGACCCGGCGGGUGAAGGUUGGCCACAUCGCUACUGGAAUCAGUGAUCAGAUCUCAAGGAGGGUUUUCACUCUGGAGACGCAGCAGGGCCAACACAUUGCUCAUGAUGAGGAGGUGCAUGAGUCUGGUCUUGAGCUCAGCUGUGUUCCCGCUGACGACUUCAGCCCUUCCUGGAAGUGGAGGAUAAGAAACGGCAUACUGGAGACACGUUAGAGACCACUGCUCUCCUUCCCCAUCGGCCAAAGUCUCUCCUCAUCCGUUGGUCAUUUUUCCUUGAGCUGAUUUUAAUGUAAAUGCUCCUGCAUUUCUAAAGCACCUUUCUACUUAGUGCUCUGUCAUAUACUGGUGACAGAACUGCUGUGCAGCUUAUGCUGAUACCAUGCACAGCUUGGGGUUCAGUGUCUUGCCCAAGGACACUUGGGCUCAUGACUUGGGGAAGCCAGGAAUCAAGCCACUGCCUCUCCAAUGCGACUUUUAACUUGUCUCUUUCUGUGAGGACCAUAUGUUUUAUCUGUGAAACACUUUAUUACAUUGUGCCUCAUGUUUAAAAUACUGUGAUGGGGUAUUAUCCCAUCAUUUAGCUUUUUUAGCUUAUUGUAAUAUUUACAUGUUCUAAUUGUUUGUUGCAUGCUUUCAAAUAAUCAAUAAACUUUACUUUGUGUGGUA